AUGCAGACUCCUGACUAAAAGAAAAAGAAACCAUAAAUUGCUAAAAUUAGUCUUUAAUCAGAACAAGCUUAACCUGUUCUUAAUCUGUAUUUAGCAUAUUAAAAAUAUUAGUUCCGAGAAUGGAUCUCUCAUUCUCAAAGAAUUUCGUCUAAAUGGCUAAGGGCUUAAAGUUACUCAUACACAUGAUUAAUGGGACUUUUCACUCUCUGAAUCUACUCAUAAUUUAUCACUUGAAAAUUUAGUAACAGUUGGACAUUUAGGUCAGGGUGCAUCAGGUCAAGUUGAAAAAGUAUAAGAUUAAGUCACAGGACAAUAUUUUGCAAUGAAAGUAUUCACAAAUAAGUAUUUAGAAAAUUCCUGUUGCCUCUGAUCCACAAUAUUUGAAAUAACUUUCAGAUGAAUUAAAACUAGCUUUAGAAUGCAGUUCACCUUAUGUUGUCAAAUGUUAUGGUGCAUUCUAUAAAUCUGGAACCUUACAUAUAAUUCUUGAAUAUAUGGAUGUUGGGUCUAUAGAUUCUUUGAUAAAGAAAGUAAAAAAUCUGAAUGAACCUGUUAUGGCUUUGCUUUUAUAUCAAAUUCUUUUAGGAAUUGAUUAUUUACAUAACAAAAAGAAAAUCAUUCAUAGAGACAUUAAACCAUAAAACAUAUUAGUAAAUAAGAAGGGUGAGAUUAAGAUAACUGAUUUUGGUAUAUCAGGUACCAUAGAAACAAUGCAAUAAAGAAAAACAUAUGUUGGAACUGCUGUUUAUAUGUCAGUAUGAAUUUAAUUAUAAAUUAGCCUGAAAGAUUAAAUGGUGAAAUGUAUGGAAAAGAUUCAGAUAUAUGGUCAAUUGGUAUAUUAACAGCAGAAUGUUUGAUGGGUAAACAUCCAAUCCAGAAAACAUAAUUUAUAGAUAUGGUUAAUGAAAUUAGUUCAUUUAACAUAGAAAAUGUUUAAGCCAAGAUUUCAGCAGAAAUGAAAAAUUUCAUAUCUAUGUGGUAAUUAUAUUAAUAAAUUUAAAGUGUAAAAUUAAAACCAGAAGAGAGAGCAACAGUAGAUUAAUUGUUAAAUCAUAAAAUCAUUUUAAGAACAAAAAAAAUUGAUAAAAUGGUUUUCUUAUAAUGGUUGAAUUAAGUGACAUAAUUAUGA